AUGCUCCCCUCCGAAUCCGGGCCGACCGAACGGUCUGGCCUUGCUCUGAAGUUGCAGGAUGGCGAACUCAACCCCGAUAAUCAACAGAGCGAAGUGAUCCGCGAAUCCGACGAUCGAGUAGAUGCUGCGCUGCCCGUAUUGAGACCUGUAUCGCCAUUGCCCGCCCUCCAGAUUCGUACUGAUUUCGCCAGUAAUCGCCCAUCUAGCUCGAAUCGUGAUUCCGAUCCUCUACUUUCCCUCAGUGUGUCCUCCGGCAGUUACCCACGGCGCACCCCAAGUCUUCGCGCCUUGAUUGCCCCAGCUGCCUCUAGCGCUGGCUCUUUGUCACCGGGUUCGCCAUUCAUUUCCUCUCCUCAACUGAACGCCAUGGGUGACAUCACGCCGUUGCCAUCGCCGAUCGGUGGUGCGCAACCUUGGCGGCGGGGCGAUUUUCCUUCUCUGUCUCGUACUUCCUCGAUAGCGUCCCGCAGCGGGUCAAGUUUACGGCUGAGUGACUCUACUCAAUUGCUGGGGCCUCCCGCAUUUCGUCCGCGAGGCAAAACCUAUACUGGACUGAACGAUCCGACAGAAGACCCACCAAACCAGCCUCGUAUCCAUCAUGAGACCUCGAGCAAGCAUGCCCGCAAUCGGAGUCUGAGCGACUACGCCCCGCCGGGGCGCAUGUCUAUGCCUCGCCCUAUAGCCGUCUCUGGCAACGGUCCCAACAUCGCCCCAUCGUCCAGCACGGACUCGAAGUCAUCAGGCCUACACCGCGAACAAUACUUGGCUGUCCAUCGGGGUAUCGCUUUGUCCACCGUACGGCCUCCCAGCCCGCCCCGCAGCAGUGGCAGUGGCUGUGGCGACAGUGAUUCAGAGGGCAUCCUUAAACAUCGAGUGCCCCUCUCAGCGUCGGAUGAGAUCUACGCUGUUCGGUCUGUUCGAACCCAGCAAAGCCGACUAUAUCGCAAACUGCGUGUCCUAGGACAGGGUACGUUCAGUCAGGUCUGCCUCGCCGCGAGAGUUGAACAGAUUGUCGACCCCACCCCUCUAUCGCCUCCUAACGAUGGCACGAUGGACGUUGCAUCAUCUGUCAUGACUCAGAAGCUGGUGGCGGUCAAGAUCAUUGAGCACGGGCCUGCGGGAGGUGCAGACCAAGAGCGACUCGAGGUCUCCCUCAAGCGCGAGGUUGAUAUCUUGAAAACCGUCAAUCACCCCUCGCUUGUUCAACUCAAGGCCUUCGGCAGUGAUGAAAAGCGUGCGCUUCUAGUUCUGGAUUAUUGCCCCGGAGGCGAUCUCUUCGAGUUCGCGACGUCCGGAGCCCGGUCCAUGUCUCCCAGUUUGAUUCGCCGUAUAUUUGCGGAAUUGGUUAGCGCCGUUCGUUACCUUCAUGCUAAUUAUAUUGUUCACCGUGACAUCAAACUUGAGAAUGUUCUCCUGACUAUGCCGAUCCAUGCCAUGGAGGAUGUGAUGGACUGGCGUACGCAUGACCGGGCGGUCGUCACUCUGAGUGACCUGGGAUUAUCGCGACGUAUUCCAGAGCCCCCUGAGAGCCCCCUCUUGCACACGCGUUGCGGUAGUGAGGACUACGCAGCCCCAGAAAUUUUAAUGGGCCAACCGUAUGACGGUCGCUCCACCGAUGCUUGGGCCCUUGGAGUCCUUCUUUAUGCCAUCAUGGAGAACCGCCUGCCUUUCGAUGUUCUUCCGGGCACCCGUGGAGAUCCCGCCAAGCUCAGAGCUCGGACGCCACACCGAAUUGCUCGCUGCGAGUGGAGUUGGUACCGUUACGCCGAUGCUGACGAGGAAUGGGAUCCCGAAAAGGGACGCGAUCUCGAAGGAGCUCGUGAAUGUGUCGAGGGACUUCUCAAACGCAACACCAAGCGCAAGUCCCUUGAUGAGAUCGCUGCCAUUCCUUGGGUUCAGGACGCUUUCGCUUUUAGCGUGCCCGACGGCCUGAAGCGAGGCGACAAAGAAGUGCCAUAG